AUGGCGUGCAAUGGCACUGUGCACGAGCCUGCGGUCCAGCGGAUUAGGGGCCGCGACCUGUCGACAAAACUUUUCAUCGAGAAGUGUGCUGCUGCGGCCAGGCCCGUCCUCCUCCUCGACCUGGUUCCGUCCUGGCCUGCAUACUCGGAAUGGCGGCGCCCAAACGGCGAGCCCAACUUUGCAAAGCUCACGGAAGACUUUCAGGGUGUGACGGGACCAGUUGUGGAUUGUGGCCACGGCUAUGACAUUCAAUCCUGGGAUGUGGGCGACUACUUUCGUUGGGCUGCCCACGCCAGUCACGAAGGCGAUGCGCUCUACCUCAAAGACUGGCACCUGGUAAAUGCUUGCCGCUCGCUUGGGCUGCAGGUGCCAUACGAGGCCCCGAGCUACCUGGCCGCGCCGGUGCAUGAUUGGCUGAAUCUCUACAUGGACAAGGCUACGAGCAAGGAUGACUAUCGCUUUGCCUACGUCGGAGUGGCGGGAACUCGCACGCCGCUGCAUCACGAUGUUCUGUUCUCGCACUCCUGGUCCGCAAACAUCUGUGGCCGGAAGCACUGGAUCUUCUAUCCGCCGGAAGUCAGCCACAAGCUUCUGGACUCGCUGGGAAACACAGCAGAAAGCGCCCAGCCACAGCGUCGUACAUCAGACUGGCAGCAGCACUUCCCAGGGCUCCAGGAGGCUUGGGAGCGGAGGCUGGAAGCUUUCCAGGAAGAGGGAGAACUGAUGUUUGUGCCCAGUGGGUGGUAUCACGAGGUGGAAAACCUCACCAUGACGAUCUCUAUCAACCACAACUGGCUGAACGCAUCGAAUGCGCCGCAAGUGUGGCAUUUCCUCCGGUCCGAGUGGCAGUCGGUCCGAGAGAAGAUUGGAGAUCUGCAAGACACCUUCGACUCUGAGGCCGACUUCCUGGAACAGUGCCAGGUCCUGAUGAGAGCGAACUGCGGAUUGGACAUCUCCGGCUGGCUGGAAUUGCUGACCGGUGCUGCAGAAGAAGCUAUGCGGCUUCGUGCAGACAACCCCGUUGGAGAUGAUUUGUGGGUGCUGGAGUGGGUAGAGGAGAGGUUGGGAGCAGUGUCUGAGAGCAGCUUGGCCGACACAGCGGCGAGUGCCACCCAGCAUUCAAGGAAGGCGCAACCUGUGCCGCUGGCGGCAGAGGCGGAGAUCUACUCCCAAUCCGGUGCUUGCGCUCAAAUGACGUUCUGCCUGGGGAAUGCAAGUUUCUGCAAGCAAGGGCUAGGAUGGAAUCGCUGA